AUGGGGAAUUGUCAAGGAUUAAACCUUGAUUUAAAUUAAAUUUAAAGUGUGAAUUUAAACCAGAUUCAAUUUAAUGGCCAUAAUAAAGAUUUUAACAAGUAGGAUAUUAGCAGCGAAGAAAUAAGUUAAAUGAUAUCUUAAAUUCGAGAUGUAGAAGAUUUGACUAAUUCUUUAUUAAUAGAAUAGAGCUUCUUAGAAGAGAGUUAGAUGAUUUAAAAUUAAAACUUUAAUCAAACUCCUAAUUUGUUUUCUAAGUUACCCUCUACAAAGCUGAAUAGUUUACAUAAAAUUCCUGAAAAGCAACUUUUUUUAAGCUAAGAAAGUCUUCAUAAAGCAGACUUGAAUGUUUUAUCAUUGAUAAAGAAAGACAAAAAACAAUAAUAAAUAUUAAACACCUUAAAAUACGACGAGGACAUAUAUUAAGAAGAUGAAAUAGGCCAAACUAUUUAUAAUCAAAGUUAUAAACCAAUCAAAGUUUUUAGUCGCUUUUUUGAAGAUUAUAAAAAUCCUAAUGCUUAAUUUAAAUUAAAUACUGCUGCUAAAGGAUAAGUAUAAAAUAAUUUUAAAAAAGUGAGGCUCUUUUAGUAAUAAAUGUAAUAAGAAGAGCUCCCUUUAGAAACUGAAAGUGAUGGAAAUUAUGAAGGCUCUGAAGAAGAAAAUUUUAAAACAAAAGAAAAAUUAAUUGAUAAUAUAUUUACUGAUAGAUCUAAAAGCUCUAGAAAUAACUAGUAAUUAUCUGUAAUUGAAGAUGCAGAAGAAAGUGGUGAUUAUUCACCUAUUCAAGCUUCGCCUAAAAUGCAAACCAAAAAAGAAAGUAUCCUAAAAGUACAUGAAAGAAAUAAUAAAAAGAUUAAAAGAUUUAAAACUGUAUUAAUUUAAGGCUGCAGAUUUUAAGGAUAAUUAAUUAAUAAACAAAGAAACGGAAUUGGUAAACUAACUUUCUAAGACGGUACAGUUUACAUAGGAGAAUGGAUACUAGAUAAAAGACAUGGAAAAGGAGUACAAAUAUGGCCUGAUGAUACUUUAUAUGAAGGAGAAUGGGAAAACGAUUUCAUAUAAGGAAUGGGCAAAAUUGAAUAUAGCAAUAGAAGCUAUUACAUUGGGGAAUGGAAAGAAAAUAAAUUCCAUGGAAAAGGAAGGUUUUAACAUUUUUCUGGAUCCUACUAUGAAGGCUUAUGGUUUUAAGAUAAGCAACAUGGUAAAGGUGUUGAAGUUUAACUCUAUCCUACAUAUUCUAGGUAUGAAGGAAUAUUUGAAAAUGGAAAGAAAGAAGGUAAAGGGAGAAUAUCUAUGGCAAACGGCUCAAGCUAUAAAGGAGAUUUCAAGGAUGGAAACGUUCAUGGACUUGGAGUAUACAAUUGGCCAAAUGGAGUUGUAUACGAAGGAAGAUGGGAAAAUAAUAAAAUGUCAGGGAAUGGAAAAAUGACAUGGCCACAUAAUAUAAUUUAUUAAGGAGAAUUUAAAAAUGAUUAAAAGAGUGGAAUAGGAUGCAUAGAAUAUGAAGAUGGAAGCAAAUUUAUUGGUGAAUGGAAAGCUGAUAAAUAACAUGGAAAUGGAACAUUUUAUUUCAAAAAAAAUAGUUCCUAAAUAAAAGGUAUUUGGGAACAUGGAAAAUUAGUUAAAAUAAUCAAUUUUUACAUGUAAAAAAUGAAUGGAUAAAGCCUUUAAAACUUAAAUUAAAAUAAUAUUAACCUUACUAAUUUAUCUUUUGCACCUAGUAUAAACUUAAAUAAAUCAUUUUACUCUCCUAAAAGUAGCAUAGAUAUACAUGAUAAUUUCGUUUAUGAUAGUAAAAUAAUGUCAGCAAACAAGCCUAAUAAAAAUAAAAGCAAACAAAAUAAUAAUUAAAAAUAAAGUUCAAGAUUUAUUAACAUUCCGAACGAAUGA